AUGGGACAAUUUCGUGCAACUCUAGAAUGUUUGACUGGUGCAACAACCACGCACGUUCAUGUUAUCAAAGGAAAUUUUCGUUGCUUGCUAAGCUAUCAAACGGCAUCUGCUUUGGGAAUAAUCAUGCUGAAUGUUAACAAUGUGAAACCGGAACAUGCCACCCAUGAACAACUGAUGAAAGAGUAUGCCCAUCUGUUCAACGGAAUUGGCAGUCUUAAAAAUUUUGAAGUUAAAUUGUUAAUUGAUGAUACUGUCCCUCCAGUAGCACAAACCCCCCGUCGUAUUCCUUUCCACAUGCGGCAAAAGGUCUCAGAUGCGCUCGACACGUUAGAAAGUGAUGGAAUUAUUGAAAAAGUAUCAGAUGCCACUCCUUGG